ACCACUUUCUGUGUAUUUGGAUAUUGAGGUUAACCUGAAUUACCUGAGAUGUGUAAACAUUAGUAUAGUCCAGUGUGAAUGUAAGUGCGAUAAGGUUCGUGCACCUGGAAGGACCUGUGAAUAGUCCAGCAUGUGAUUACAGGGGAUUCGGCAGUUUGAUAAAGAAAACAGUGGAUCGUUACAUUUAUUGGCUCCAAAAUUCGUUGAUCAGUGGCGGAUUUGCGUUUUUGAAAUGAGUACUCUUACAAUUCUUUUCAAAUUUGAUCUGACGUAUCUUUUGGAAAAGGGGGACUUCAGGGCCCAGCUGCACAAAGCUCAGCUAAGUCUGACUUACAGUUAAUCUCUAGUUAUUAAACACUAUAUAUACAUGUAAGAGUUAAUGGGAAGUUAACUGUCUCUUAAAGUUAACUGUCAUGCAACUGGGUCCAGGAUUCUUGUGCCUCUGGGGCAUUAGGGGUAAAGUAAUCUGUGGGGGAAAACCAAUUACAUAGUGUGAAUUUCAUGAUCCUUGGGGUAGAUGUUAUGUUCUUGACUCCAGGAUGGGGCCAAACUUGGCAUAUAUAUACUGUUCCAAGUGUAUAACAUUUAAAAAUCUGUAAUGCAAAUUAUUCUAAAUUGAAAUGAAUGGACAUUUAAAUGGAGCAGGUAACCCUUUACCAAAAUUGUAAAUUUCAUGAUCCCAGGGGUUUUGAUACCAGGGUUUGGCCAAAAUGGUCAUAGUGAAUGAUACUAUAUUCAACUAUAAAUACACAGUACAUAAUUAGGAAAAACAGAAAGGAGUGUGCCAAAAUUAUUAAUUUUGCAACCCCAAGGUUCUGACUUUAGGGGAAGUCCAAAGUAGUCAUAAUAUGUUAAUAUAACUUAUAUUUAUAUGUAAAGUCUUUCAUCAUUGGAGGUUCCAAGUCAGGGACAAGGUCAAUAAGGCCAUAUACAGUAACUGUUGAUGUCCAUUACAUUUAACAACUUCUUCAAUAAUAUUACAGUCACUAGAUGAAAGUAAAAUGAGUAUUUACGAGGAGCAUAAAAGAGACCACCAUCUGAAUUAUUCGGUAUGAUGAAUUGAAAACCUACUUUAUAUUGUAAAAUUCAUUACUAUGCCUCUCAGUCAGGGUCAGACUGUAGGGAAGGGCUAAUAUAAUAAUGAUUUGUAGUAAAAUGUAUUGAGAAGAUCUGGCCAGUUUUUCCAUAUACAUGUAUAUGUACAUGUACCGCCUAUUUUUCCACUUUGCAAAUUUUAUACCUUGGGAUUGAAACGGAUACAUUUGUUCUGUAGGAUACAUGUAUAUGCUUUGUUCAAAGGAUGAUAAACAAACACACGUAAGUCCAUCCAAAAUCAUUUAUGAAAUUCUACAGUAAAACUAACUGAGCCAGGCAACAUUUUGUUUUUCAUAAGUUUCAGGACUUCUAAACACUCUGAAAGCUUCAGACAGGGAUAUUUCUGUAGAUUUUUGGGGAAGAAAGUUCGGUAACAAUGAAUAAAGAGAAGAUUGACUUGGGCAAUGAAAUCCACGAGGGCGUUAAAAGGAAAGGAAAGAAGCGAGAUAAGUACAUCCCUUCGUCAGAACCACUGGAGCUACCUUUUUGUCGUGUCUGUGGUAAGAGGGCGUCUGGAAUACACUUUGGAGUGUACAGCUGUGAGGCCUGUAAGGCAUUCUUUCGGCGAUGUCUCCAGCGAAAAACUCCGUAUAAAUGUGACAAAGGUGGAGACUGUGUCAUCGACGAGCAACAGAAAGGGCUCAACUGUUCAGCAUGUCGCUUAAAAAAAUGUCUGGAUUUGGGCAUGUCAAAGGAGGGCAUACGACAGGGUCGGUAUACGGUUGCAGAACGAACGAAUGUCAUAAUGGAAGUGAAGAGACUACAUCGGAGUGGUGUUCUGCAGCAGAAACAUCGACAGGACAUUUUGUCUUCAGAUUCCAGCAAUGGACUUUCAGUUCCUCCUGAAUACACAUAUAGUUCAGAUUCUUCCAACCACUUUUCUCCCGAUUUGCCUCGUGGGGAUGAGGUUUUUACUCCCCCGAACUGUUCUCCCUCCCCAUUAUGUUCAAACGGAUCGCCUUCAUGCUCGUCCGUCCGCUCCACCGACUCUUUGAAUAGUAAAGAUUCUUCUUUUGUUAUUGAUCUUUCGGAAGAGGUUAUCAAGCAUGUAGCAAGACCUUGCUCAGUGGAACAAAGACUGCCGUGUGGUUCUGAGUCCGAUUCUAGUCAGGAGGCGAGAAAGAUCAUCGAAAAUCUCAUUAUAGGUUACAGUGCCCUAAAGCCCUUUGAAAAGUCCUUGAAUGACGACGAACUUGAAAAGCUUUUUGAAGAAGGAUUUAAAAAUUACGAAGAGAAGACCCGACUUUUUGGUAACAUGAAUUUCUUACCGGCGGAUGAAUUUAAGGAGAUCUACGAGAAAACGCACGUGGAUGUUGAUGGGCGGAUUAAAUUACUGCAAAAUGGUCGACGGGAUAUGGUCCGAAUUGUAAAGGAGUACGUACAGUUCACGCAAGGAAUACCGAACUUCAAGGCGUUGUCUCCGAAGGACCAGUCUACUCUCCUGAAAGCCUCCCGCUUUGAGUUCUUCGCCAUUCUGCAGUACCGGGCCUUCGAUGCGGAACGAGAAGUUUUGAUCAGUUACACUGGGAAGCCAUAUCAUUUUACACAAGUUUGUCCCUACACGCCGAUAAACAUAUGCAAAAGUUGGUUCGAGUUCUCCAAGAGAGUUAAGGAACUGAAAUUGACACCCGAAGAACAUGCAUUGGUGCUCGCCAUCUCUUUAACAUUCCGAGAUAGGUGUUCUUUGGAAGCUCCGGACAAAGUUGAGGAAAUUCAGACGCAGUUGAUCGAAACCCUUGCAGCUGUUUUAAAGGAAACACACAGAAAUGCAGAAGGCAGACGAUUGGCAAAAAUAAUGGACUUGUUUGUCCGUCUAAGGGUACUGGGGGAGGAGUACCUCCAACUGUACAAAACCUUGUGUAAGGACAAAUUUUUGACCGAGGUCAUUCCGGAAAUGCUUCAAUUUUUGUUCGAUGAAUAAGCUUAAAAAAAUGACUUCCUUUGUUAUGAAAAUGAAGAAUGCAAUUGAUAUUAUAGAGAAAAAUGUUAUUUAUGCAAUAAACCGUACUUUUACUGUA